CAAACUUGUAUUAAAGAUCGGAUAAGGGAAGCCCACCUCGAAGACCACACACAUUUCCCUCCAUAAUUCAGUGUCUCUUCAUAUAGUCCCAAACAAACGUACAAGAGCCAUAAAACAAACAACAAAGAAGAAAAAAGAAUGGGUUGUGCGUCGUCGAAGCAGAUGAAGGCCGGAGUCGCCGACGUCUACCGGCCACCGCCGUCUAGCUUCGCCGUCUUUGACAUCAACGCCAUCGAGGAGCCAUGGCUGAAACUCGAACAGCUCCUGGCGCCGCCGCAGAACGACGAUGAGAAACAGACCCGAAACCCAAGCGCCGCCGCGGUCCCCACCGCCGUCCUCGAGAAGCUCGAUACCGUCACCGAAGCUCCUCCUCGAUCAUGGGACGAAGUCAGCAAAGCCCUCGAAACCCACCUCAAAUCUCCCGCCGCCGUCUCUGGGGAAACAGAACCGCCGUCUUCGACUGCGGCGGAGAAGCCGGCGGAGCAAGCAACUCAUCCCCCGCCGCCGAGGAGCUUAUCGGUCCACACGGUGGGGGCCGGAGCCGCCGACGUCUCCCGGCCCCCGCCGUCUAGCUUCGCCGUCUUUGACAUCAACGCCAUCGAGGAGCCAUGGCUGAAACUCGAACAGCUCCUGGCGCCGCCGCAGAACGACGAUGAGAAACAGACCCGAAACCCAAGCGCCGCCGCGGUCCCCACCGCCGUCCUCGAGAAGCUCGAUACCGUCACCGAAGCUCCUCCUCGAUCAUGGGACGAAGUCAGCAAAGCCCUCGAAACCCACCUCAAAUCUCCCGCCGCCGUCUCUGGGGAAACAGAACCGCCGUCUUCGACUGCGGCGGAGAAGCCGGCGGAGCAAGCAACUCAUCCCCCGCCGCAGAGGAGCUUAUCGGUCCACACGGUGGAGGAGCUGGAGGCAAAGACGAAAAGGGAUAACCCAAAACCGGUGCAAAAGCUGAGGAAAACCGAGUCGGCGAGUGGAGCCGAGUCACGGAACGGGCUACCGCCGGAAUCUGGGAAGGCGUUCAAACCGCUGAAGGAGAACAUAUUCUUGGUGAUGGACAGAGAGCAGAGGGAGAAGGAAGGGAAGAAGGGACCGGUGGUGAACUGGGACCCACUGAGUGAGUUCCCGGAGAAAUGUCCGCCGGGAGGGGGGAACGGGGUGGUGAUAUAUACGACGUCGCUUCGAGGGGUGAGGAAGACGUACGAGGACUGCAUGAGGGUGAGGGAGAUAAUGGAACAGCAAGGGAUAGUGUUCGACGAGAGGGACGUGGCUUUGGAUGCCGGAGUCCGUACCGAGCUCAGGGAACUUCUCGGCGAGGGAGCCACGCCGGAGGAGGUGGCGCCGCCGAGGGUGUUCGUGAAGGGGAGAUACGUGGGGGGAGCGGAGGGGGUGGUGGAGAUGAACGAGAGGGGGAAGCUGGGGAGGGUGAUGAGGUGGGCACGUGUCGACAGAGUAGGCGAAGAGGCUUGGUGGCUGCCAUGUCUCCACUGCGGCGGAAGCUCGAAGCUCCCGUCGGCGGAUGGGUCAGGAUGGGAGAGGUGUGCCUCUUGCAAUGAGAACGGCUUGGUACGUUGUCCCCUUUGCUUCACUUCUUAAAAUAAGUUGGAUUCUAAGAGAAUCAUAAUUGGUAAUGUUAUGGUAUUGGUUAUAGUUUGUAUACCUUUUCUUGUGUGUGUGAUACUUGUGUAUGCAGCAGCCGUUUCCUAUAUCUCAGGGACAAUCGAGAUUAGAUCA